AUGGGAGAACGUCUUAACACCGAUGCAUCUGACAAUAAACCUAAAGAACAUUAUUACGGUGAAUCCAAAAAAUAUGACCCAACUUUCGAUGGACCAACUUCUAACAGGAGUUGUACAGAUAUUAUUUGCUGUUUUGUGUUCGUUUUGUUCAUUGUUGGUCUCGGAGUGGUCAGUGCCAUUGGGUUCCAGAGAGGUAAUAAGGAAAUAUAUAUAUUAGUAACAGAUUACUUAGGUCAAGUAUGUGGGAUGUCAGAAUCUGUAGUAGACAAACCCUACCUAUUCUUUUUUGACUACCUGGUGUGUUUGAAUGAGGUAAAACCUCCUAAACUUGACUGCACCACAUCGCUGCAAGUAUGCGUUGAUGAAUGCCCAAAGGAAAACUAUGCCAUCGAAGUUCGAUACUCCAAAAAAUUAGAUGAUCCGAAUGUCGAUGUCAAUUCCAUCGAUUGGAAUGAUUUCAUUUGUAUCUAUGGAUUAAAUGCAAAAGAUGAAGUAAAUAAGUCUGAUGCCACCAUAAAGGACCUUUUGAAUGACAAUAAAUGUGCAAACUUUUACACAAAAAGUGAUGUGUUUACCAGUCGCUGUUAUCCCAAAUUCUUAGUUUCUGACACGUUAUCAGAAAAGAACACCACACCAAAUAACCGACAAAUAACCGAAGAAGAUCGCGCUGUCGCAUAUGACCUGCUAAAUCUUCUUCAAAGCUAUGAACGUUUUAAUAACACAGUCGAGGAAUUCAUAGAAACGUGGCCGUAUAUGGUGGCUGGUAUUACAAUAUCAAUGUUCGCUUCUCUGCUUUACAUUGUUUUAAUGCGCUGGAUUGCAGCCAUUAUGGUUUGGAGUAGCAUCGUAUGGGUGUUUGCACUUUUAGGGUACGGAACCUACUUCUGUUGGAAUGAACGGAACUGCAUAAAAAAUCAUGAAUCUGAUUGUACUUCAGAUAGAUCUUCGUUGGAUUAUAACCAGCUUGCGAGCUACCUCAAAAUGGAGAGAAUCUGGUAUAUAUCAGCUAUUAUAAUGAGUACAAUCUUAGCAAUUCUCAUCCUAGUUGUGUUAUUACUAAUCAAGAGUAUUCGCAUUGCAAUUGCUUUAAUCCAAGAAGCAAGUACAGCAGUUUCAUCACUACAUUUUUCUCUCUUGUGGCCUGUCAUCCCGUUCAUCAUGCAGCUAGCCUUUCUAACAUUUUGGGCAUUUAGCGUAAUCUUCAUAGCAUCCAUUGUGGAACCACCAUACCAGAUAGUUAACUCGGAUUCAACCGACGAGUAUACAGACGGUGCAAGUUGUAACCCCACAGUUUCACUCAAUGGAACAGCUAAAUGUGUUCUGAUAGGUUAUAACAUCGUCCCAAAUUACAUCUACUGGUUGGAAGCAUACAACCUAGUGGCUCUAUUUUGGAUUUUAAACUUCAUACGUGCUCUUGGGCAAAUUACUCUAGCGGGAGCAUUUGCAAGCUACUAUUGGGCAUUUACUAAACCAGAUGACAUCAAACACCUACCUCUGCUUCGAUCAUUUUGGAGAAGCAUUCGUUAUCAUAUUGGAUCAAUCGCCUUUGGCUCCCUGAUCAUAUCCAUCAUCAAACUUAUUCGUUUUACCAUACAAUAUAUUGAAGACAAAGUAAGAAAUGCAGACAAUUGCUUCACAAAAUUUAUCGCUUUGUGUUUUAAAUUUAUCUUUUGGUGUUUAGAUGCCAUGCAGUAUAGCUUCUUUGACGUGUACGAUAUGGCGAUCGAUACAUUGUUUCUGUGCUUCCUUGAAGACUUAGAGCGACACGAUGGAACACCAGAGAAGCCUUUCUACAUGUCAAAACAACUGAUGCAUAUACUUGGAGUGAAAAAACAAAAAGAAAAUGAAUGGAUGUUGUCACUAACUUUACAUCAUUGUUUAGAAUUAUUUAGUGUUUUGCUAACAGCUAUCCCAAACUAAGUUCCGCUGAACCUAGUGGGGGAAUUUACAGCUUGCUCUACUAAUGUGCAUAAACUAUAACACCUACAUGAACUUUAUGUUACUUCAUUAUUUCUGUUGUAAAAAUGCUUCUGGUGCUUUGAAAAUAGUAUGCAGUACAUAAAACCCUUAGGGGUCCGCGAAACAUAAUUGGGAUCCGCCAAUUUAAAAUGGUCCGCAGGGUGUCCACUAAACAAAAGUUGUGGUUUGCUAGAUGCAGGGUUUCCGGAACGCCGCCUGAGUUGCGUGUGCGAAGCACAACUCAAAGUCAGAAGUGGAACGUGAAAUUUGGAUAUAUUUUUGUAGUCAGAUUUACGAGAAAAACUUCAGCUACCCGUAAUUCGCGACUGAGACGUCAGUGGGAGCUGUAAUUUGUAUGGCAAGGGGAUUGUGCUACCCCUUAAUUCGUAUUACGGAAUUUACGCCACAGACCUCGUAGUUAUUAAUAUUAUUGUUAUAAUAGAAAUUUUUUUAUUUUUUGGUGACGUGAAACUCACAAUAUAAUUAAUAUGCAAACGUCAUAAGAUUACAUCACGUUUUCCUGGUAAGACAAACUUUCCUGGCGUGCUUUUUUCAUGGAUAAACACCACUGAUUUGCAGAUGGAUGCCUCCCAGGUGUUUAUGUAACAUAAGCAUAUUGUUAGCUAACCAGCUGCGUGUAUUCCUUUGUGAAAAUGAGUACCGCAUCCCCUCUUGGGAAGAGGGAACUUCGAAAUAAUUGUCUCAAUAUCUUCGCACCGUACUUUAGCUUAUACUUAUGCAUGGAAUACCUGCAGCACUUAAAAUGUAAAAUAAUCAAUUCGCUACCUGACAAACACCGAACUUUAUUCAUAUGCAUUACAUAAAUAGUUGCUGUACUCCUACAUUACUGGCGCAUCGUAAAGACCAACUGACUGCAGACCAUUUCCGGUCACACGUUACUCUCCAUAACGCAGCACCCCUAGUUCCGUCACCUCUGGAUUUGUAAAUUGUUUUAACUGGUGUUGCAAUUCAAUUCCAAUAUUUUAUUGCUGAAUCUUUUAUAUUUGAUUUUUAAGUAUGCUUCAUGUGAAGGUGUUUAGUAUAGGACAACCACUUGUUUAAAUUACCUUCAAUUACCUAUUAAAUAAGUGGAUAAAUAGGCUGCUAAUUGUCUUAUAACACCAUAUUUUACUGUUGUGGAUGAAGGUUGUUUAUUUGCUCAAAAUAAUUUCUUCUGAAACUGCUGUUGUUUACAGUCUUUCAUCAUUUUUAUUAAAAAAGGUGCAUUUUUAAGCUUAAUCUCUUGAUAUAUAUCUCCUAUUGGCAGAUAAAAUAAUAAUAGGCCUAAUUAUUAUUAUUAUUAUUAUUAUUAUUAUUAUUAUUAUUAUUAUUAUUAUUAUAUAUAUAUAAUAAUAAUAAUAAUAAU